AUGUGUUUAAUGAUUGCGGCUUUAACUAAUCAAAUACUAUUUACUCCGCGAGAAAUUAUGUAUUUUAGCAGAAGAAUGUCGCGAUUUUAUUAUUGUCGUCAAAAAUUAUAUUGGAUGAAUAAUUUUCUGUUAGAAAAACAUUCUGUAUUCUCGUUUGUCAUUAAUACAUGGGUUAUACCAAGAACAUGCUAUAGUACAGAAAAUAAAAUAAAUUUUCCUGACUCUUUAACAAAGGACAAAAUAAAAAAAAUAGUUUCCAAAUUUAAUUCAGAAGAACGAGAGCUUUUUUUAAAAGCUCUUGAAGAAUAUAAAUCAGAAGAAGAUAGAGCUGAAUAUCAACGUCAAUUAGCUGCUUUUCGAUGGUGCAAUAAACUUGGAAGGCCUAGUAAAAUACCAUCAUUAAAAAAUGUGGAUCCUACAGGCACAUAUUGUCCUGUACCUGAAGAUUGGCUUAUGCGCAAGUAUGAACCACACUUAGUUGAAACUGUUCCAGAACCAUCUACAAAAGAUCUAAUUUUAGUUGCGAUUUCAAAUGCAAUUCCGUUCAUUGGUUUCGGUUUUCUUGACAAUUUCAUCAUGAUAGUUGCUGGAGAUCAAAUUGAGAUAAUAUUAAGUAAAAAAUUUCCAAUUUCAACUAUGACGGCUGCCGCUUUAGGAAAUACAAUAUCUGAUAUAAUAGGAAUUGGAUCUGUACAUUAUGUAGAACGUUUUGCUCAAAGUGUUGGUUUUAAAGCACCAAAACUUACACCUAUGCAAUUAAAUCUUCGUAGAACAAAAGCAGCUGCUAAUAUGGGACGAGUUAUUGGAGUUACAAUUGGUUGUAUUAUUGGAAUGACACCUAUUCCAAUUUUUUCCUAUUUUCAUAACAAUGAUUAAAAUUGUAUAUAUUAAAUUAUAAUAAUAAUAAAAAAAUUAUCUACUUAGAUAAUUUUUUAAAUAUCCUUGUGACUUGAAAUUUUGUAAUUAUUCGCAAUGUUAAUUUAAUGACAAUCAUAAUGUUUGUGUAAUAUAUAAGAUAUAAUCUCUGUAAAAUGAAUAUAUAUAUAUAUAUACAUAUAUAUAAUUGUAAUGUAUUAUCAAAGCUAUAUAAGUAGCAAAAGUAAAAAAUAAAUCAUUUUAUGUCUUA